GCAGGGAUAAUACGCCAUUGCUUGAAAGAGUUCUAUUUCCGUGGUCAAGAAGAGACAAAAUUGAUGCUGUAAAGUGUUAAUACGCCCAAAACCUUUCACCAGGAGAUUAAACAAUUGUUCAUUGUUUAGAUUGUCAAGUUUCAAUGCAAUUGAUGGCCAAAUGGUUGUGUAUUUCGGGAAUAGAAUAACAUGACGAUGGACGAGUUCCAUCCCUUCAUUGAGGCGCUGCUACCUCACGUGAAGGCGUUCUCCUACACGUGGUUCAAUCUUCAAGCUGCCAAGAGGAAAUACUUCAAGAAACAUGAAAAGCGUAUGUCCAUGGAGGAAGAGCGCAGGGUCAAGGAAGAACUUCAGAAUGAGAAGUUGGAAAUAAAGCAGAAAUGGGCGUCACGGUUAUUAGCGAAGCUUCGCAAGGAUAUUUGCCAGGAACAUCGAGAAGAUUUCGUCCUGAGUGUGACAGGCAAGCGCCCGCCUGUGUGUGUGCUAAGUAACCCAGAUCAAAAAGGGAAAAUGCGCAGAAUUGACUGUUUACGACAAGCGGACAAAGUAUGGCGACUGGACUUAGUGAUGGUGAUUCUCUUUCGGGCGAUACCGUUAGAGAGUACGGACGGAGAGAGACUUGAAAAAGCACCGUCGUGUAUCAACCCUCAGCUUUGUGUCAACCCGGCCCACAUCAGUGUGUCAGUGAGAGAGCUGGAUUUGUAUUUAGCUAAUUUCAUACAUAGUUAUGUGCCAAGAGAUUAUGCAGAAACUGUACAGAAUAUUGGGGAGGAUAUAAAAGUUCCAGGGAAUAUUCAUUCGGGGGUGUCGGGCAAUGACAGCGUGUCAGCCACCGGGGUAUUUUCAGCCAAGGAGCUGCUAAGGGUUACACAAGUGACGCUCGCUCAGCCGCAGAAUGGCCAGGUUCACUGUCCAACUAAUUCGUAUCCAAAGGUGGACGGGUCUCCUGGUAUCAGUUACAUGUACACAACAAACUACAGUAAUGCAGACCUUGGACUCAACAUGGGGAGUAUGGUGCGCCCACAUCCCGAUCAGGAGUCCUUGAGUCCCAAGUCGAUGCGCCAUAAACGUAUGAAGCGGAGCCACCUGACGUCAGUGUCGUCAGUCGACGAUGACAUCGAGAGCAUCGGGGAUGAGGAGGCCAUGUAUUAUGGGAAAUCUCCGGCCAGCCUCCCUAACCAGUCUUCCAGUUGGCAAGGUGAUCACCAGUUAGAUGCUAACCAAGGUAUGAUCAGAUUAAGACCAAUGGCUCACAGCCCAGCUAUGCAUUCACCCCAUAUCGUUCCCACUGUUGUGAAGCAAGAGAACGGGGGUGGCUUUUGUAUGGUUUCCUCAUCCAACUCAGUACCUCAGAUGAGCAGCGUGCAGCGGCCGAGUCACGUGCCCACACCUCCGCACAACCUGAGUAUGCCAUCGUCAGUAUUGCAGACCGGGCCAAGCCACCAUUCAAGGCCAGACUCGCAACCUUCCUCGGCUGUUAGCAGCCUGAGCAACCAAGCGCCGUCUAACCUAACAGCCCUAGAGGCAAGCAACCCAUUAAAAAGCCCACUGAAAUAUCAACAGCAGCCAGGCAAUGAUACGCUGUCGGACUUCGUCAACCUGGUUUGCCAGGAGGCUCAAAAUGCACAAAGCCAGUCGAACUCGAAUCCGUCAACACCAACUGUGAAAAGUCCAACCAAACUUCCUCAGUUCUUCAUGCCAGGAAUGCUACCUCCUCCUCCACCUCCUCCAGUGGCUCGACCGGUGGCGAUCUUGCGCACAUCUGACGGGCAGGAGUCUGUGAUUCGGCGAGAUGACUCGCCGCCCGAUCACCAUCGGGAUACCCAUACGCCGACGACAGGGAGCACUGCAGGUGGCAACAGUGGAUCUGCUGUGUCCAACAAUUCUGGUGCUCCGACCCCUCCUCCUAUAAACCGGGCGAUCAUGUCUAGUCCGUUUGCUGUGAUCCAGGGCAGGCCUGAGCACGCGUUUGCCCACAUUCACCCUCAGCCGCCCCAGGUGAGUAGCGGCACCACUACUUCUGGUUCAUCGAGUAUACCGAGUAGUCCCAUAAGCAGAGCUGGUGUCAUGUCCAGCCCGUUCGCCUUUUUGGGGCGGCCAGAGCAUGCGUUUGCAUUAUUCCAUCCCCAACCUCAGCUGUUGAAUUCCACUUCCGCCCGUCUGCAAGACCCUGACAGAAACCCCGACUUCCCCAACGUUGAUAGUCACUUACAUCCUUAUUUUAAGGUGUUUACAUAUCCGAGUAUCAGUCCUGUAAAUGCCAUUAGCGGUGUGAUCAGCCCGACUACCAUAACACUGCUAGCAUCGCCUGUGGCCACGCCGAGAACAACACCAAGGUCUACACCGAUCCCCCGCUGGACAGCGCCGCUCGUCCUAGAUGAAGGGAUGGACUAUAACAUGAUGACAGGGCUGGUGCCUUGUAGCUCAGAUGAAUCGUCACUGCUGAAUGAUGGCAAUUAUUUUGCAUUUUCAGAACGUUUCUUCUCAGUCCUCCAUCCACCCCAUGCUGAUCAUCUGAUGGACGUACAUCAUCACGUUGCGACGAUGGAAUCCAACCACUCGCCGUCGCCAACGAAACACUAGAGGAAUGCUGCGGGGAUGUCAAGCAAAAGAGGCCUGUGAGGGUGGUGAUUUAUUGGUUGAACGACUGCGUUCUAUGUGUUUUCGUCAGUUGAAGAAUGAUGUGAUAAGCCUUGUCCCAAGGAGUCUUCCCUCCUGUUGGUGAGGUUGGAUGUGAUAUCAUUUUACUGUGCUGGACACUACUGGUGCCGUUUGAUCAAACUACU